AGUUCAUACCAUAGAUAAGUAAAGCAAAAUCGAGAAGGCAUGUUGGAUGAUUAUGAUUGAAAAAUAUGUUUCAGUGCAGAUGUAUGUGAUUUGUUUGUUUGUUUGUGUUUUUGGAAUCGUUUUCGUAUUAAUUGAAAUUCAGAUGACGGAUUUGGUGCUUUCAAGUCUUUGAGUGGACAUGAUGACGUUCAAAUCACAGAAUUAAGACCACAGAAAUCAGGCGAUCAAUUUGGACUAAGACAACGUUUCGCCUAUUUAUCAAGACUUCAUCAAGGUGUAAAAAGUUCUUUCUUUCUCCGCUCUCUGGUGUCUAGAAGAUUUUUGGUCUGACAGGAAGAGCGCAUCUAUAAGCAGUUGAGAUGGCGGCAUUUGUGGCAAAGCAAAUGGUUGGAAACAAACUGAACGCAGUUAAAGGAGCUGUUGGUGGUGAUGGUGAUGAUGGAGACGAUAAGGAGAAGGAGGAAGAGGCCGAAAGAGAGCGAUUGGAGGCCAUACGCGAAGCUGAGGAGAGGAGGAAGGAGAAACACAGAAAAAUGGAAGAAGAGAGGGAGAAGAUGAGGCAAGAGAUCAGAGAUAAGUACAAUAUUAAGAAAAAAGAGGAGAUAGUGGAUCCUGUCCAGGAAGAACCCAAUCCGCUCAUGCGUAAAAAAAAGACACCGGAAGAAUUAGCAAGAGAGGCAGAAGAGGCUGAUGAAGACGAAUUCACAACAAACGAAGAAGCAGGUUUCCAAGGUGGUCAAAUGCUCCAGGAAUUGAAGAAUACAAUAGAGACACAAGUGAACGAACUGAAGUCUCAAAUAGAGAGUAAAUGUGUAAUGCAAUGAAUUAUGAACAACAUCAAGGCAUACCAUCGGCCCUCCCUACAUUGAGAUGAACCCCAAAAGAACACUAGAUUAUAAUUAUUUAGGUGCCACUUACAAUUCAGAAAAUAAUACCUGUGAUCUGAACUUAGUGUAUUAGAGAUGUCAUCUCGAGUAUCACCCACAACUAUAGAUUUUUUCGUUGUCUCUGAUGGCGUUACAGAAUUCACAACAGUUUGGUUAUAUUAUAUAAUAUAUUUUGAAACCCAAUUGUAUAUUAUAUGAUGCGUAAUGUUUAAUGUAAGAUAAAAAGUCGAAAUAGAAGAAUCGAACAAGCAAUAACUUUUCGUAUAGUUUUGUAUGAAAAUUUAGAAACCAGGUUGAAUAAGGACUGCUUCACAACGUCAGAAUUGAUGAUAUCCUUUAAUGCCAAACGAUGCAAUUCGGAGAGCCCGAGGAGGCAGAAAUUCACUUCAAAAUGACCUGAUCUUUAGUUCUGGGUGAUCCGAUAGACGUUCAAAAGAUGAGUUUCCAACUCGUCGUCCUUUUUUUGUAAAUAGCUAAGACCCAUUAACAUCUCGAUGUAACAUACUAGUGGUAACGUGGACGUUUGUUGAUAUUUCCUGAUAAUCUAUGUGAAAGUUGAUGUUGCGAACCCGUAAAACGUAGACACCCAGUAUACGCACGACGAGUUGGAAAUCACAAACCAACAUUGGGCAAUUUCUCUGUACAAGAUGGCCGAAAACUGAUGCCCGAAAAUAAGAGACUGCGAUAACGUAAACAGAAAACAAAAAUAUUAUGAUGAUAGGACGUAACAUUGAACAAAAAACAAAUACGCUUUAUCAUGAUACUUUUGUAUUAGCAUUAAAAUUGUUACCAGGUUUUGUAGAUAUAUAGUUGAACCUAUUUUUUUGUAUCAAAAGUAUUUUGUGCGUGAAUUCAGUUCUUAUACAUAUUUGAGGAAGCUGAAAACAAAUUUGUAAGAAUGAACAACCGUUUCUUUUCAAUGUUUUUCGGCAGUGACGUAGGUAGCUAUACCUGGCCUCCAUUUCCUUUUAGACUUUUCUGGUUUAGGAUAGCACCCGUAGAACUUCGAAGAACUAGAGAACCACUCACCCUUUUACACCUAAAACUUAGACUUAGUCCGAUACGCCACUGUUACUUUCUUUCCCCUUCGUGCACCACAUUUUCGAUAUCAUCCAAAUUCCUGCCUCUUGUGUGGACGUAUCGGAUCAUGGAAACUGCAGUUAAGACCCUUGAAUAACGAAAAAAAGUUAGUGAAAAAAUUUCCAUGAUCCCAUUCGACUUCAUAUUGAUUUGAUCUCUGGCGCUUUGAAGCAUUUCUUUGAUGCAUCUCCUGGAAGCAUUCUCGACAGAUGACUAAAUCACAAACCGCUUAGCUUGGCGCUAAAUGUGAAAGGAAUAUUAAUAGAAUCUAAUAUUGCAUGCAUUUACGUCUUUUAAAAAAAAUCAACUUGGCGAAUCCGUAAGGCUCUCAUUUUUUUAAAUUGGAUUCUGAUCGAGAGCUCAGGUUGAUUGGGCGACAUCCAUCCUGGAACUUUCAAGGAUAGAUUUCCAUUUUCCUGAAACGUUCCAGAUAUUCAAAUUGAUGGUAAUUAUCUGAAUUGAACAUUGGACAAGGAGACUAUUCAAUCAGGAACCUGCUUCCGACAGAAUCCAUAUCGGAAACCUCUUGAUUCUUCAUCUCUAGUUUCCAUGAAUAAUUCAGGAUGCAAAGUUACUCACUCGAUGAAGAAUUCUUUCUGAAAUUCAAAAAAUACAUCAGCAAGACAAAUAUAAUAACUUCUUUCAACAGCAUCAAAAAUAACGAAUAGCACAUAACAAUUAACAAGUAACGAAUAGCUAAAAUGUUACCAUUUAUGCAGGCCAAAUAACUAAUAGAAGUAACGUAUACAUUAGUAUCAUUCAAAUUGGACUAACUUCAUAUUUGUUAUUUCUUUUAUCGAUUUAGCUGCAUAAACACUGUUAUUGAAAUUAUACGAUAUUCUACUUACACUUGUUAAUUGUUACUUGCUAUUUUCACAGUUAUUAUGAAGAUCAGAUGAAUUGACGUUAGUUGUUCUAUGACACAGUUAUAAUUUUUCAAUUUAUUGUAUCUUCGUAAUAACCUCUGGAACAACACAAGUUACUCUUCCUAAAUAGAUGGAUUUCUUCAUUUUAAGAGUCACUUGAGAGCCUGACGUGUUCCAAUAGUCUUAAUCGUGUCAGUGUAGCAUGUUAUGAAUUGUUAAUGUUUAUCGUUGUUGCCUGUCUCUCUAAACAUCUAUCUCUUUGUGUGUCCUCUAAGAUACUGUACACGACCAAGGUUAAAACACCAUCAGGAUAAUAAAAAAUCUUUAUCUCCUAUUCAACCUUGUUUCUUGUGAAAUACUUAGCAGUCUAGAUCAUCUAUAAGCCCUAAGCAUGUACUUCUGUAGAUAUUUAAUUUCAACUGAUUAUUUGUUUUGAAGAGCACUUGCUUCAACCAUGCACUUAAAGCACCGUUUAUUUUGUUGGUAGCCUUGUCCAGAGCACUGGACAGUCUCUGGCAGCAAGGAUAUCAAUUUAUUCAAUGAUUUCUUCUCCUUACCCCUUAUAUCUAUGUGUCAAUUAAUCUUAUAUCAUUAUCCUUCUUAGCACUUAAACUUGUAUCUAUUCUCAAAAAAAUAGCAGCUGUAGUACUAGACGGUGUGGAUGUUAUUAUAAUACUAUAGGUGUCGUUGCUCAAAUGUUUUUUUUGAAAUCAGUGUCACAAUUUUACACUUUCUUCAUCGAUGUUUGGAAUUUGGGUGAAAUUAAAAUAGUUAUUUUCGGUUUUGGGAAGCAAUAUCACUCGAAAGGUUUUUUUUUUUCAUUUCAAAAAAUGAAGAAUGUAGACUUUAAUUACAAAGAAGCAGUUAAAGGUUUCUUGUUGGUUUUUUGAGUGAUAUUCGUUCCUUUAGAAUAUUUUGAGAACAUGUGGAAACAACUGAACAAUCUCAACAAUGCAAUAUCAAUGCAACUCAAGUAGUAUGGGUUGUUUGAACUCAGAUCAACACAAAAAUACAUACUGAAACACUGAAUAACAAUUACAAAAAGCUACCAACACUAUACCCAUGAAAACAGAGUGUUUUGAGCAGAGCUGAGCAGUACUCAUAAAAAUUAACCUCCAGUACUCAAAGAAAUGAGAAACGCAAUGCAAGUAUAAGCAAAUCUUGCAUUUUUUGUCUUACUUUUAUCUUCUUAUUUUAUAAGGUGGUGUUUAUGCUUUUACUUUUGUAUGGAGGAAUUUAACAUUAUUAAUGUCAUUAUAUCCAAAUCUUUGUGAAGAUUAUUCACUCCAAAAUUAUAAUGUAAUGAUGGUGAAUGCACUAUUUUGUAAAGUAUCCAUUUAAACUUUGUAGAUGGAGAGUACCUACUUUGCCAGCUCUGUUUCAUAAUGAUUUUUACUAUCGAUCGAAAAGUUUUUAAACAGACUCUGCAAAAACCUUGCUUAUCGAAAGAUUUAGCUCUUUCUGAGGCCUUCCAUGUGUCCGCUGUCUCUCCAUUGUUAUUGUAUUUCCCAAAUUGUGAUCUAACGAAAUAUUUUGUGAUGGUUGGAGUUGAGACUACCCUGAUAGUUUUAGAUUGUUAAUCUUAUCGUCAAGAUGUUCUAUAAUUUUUAUAGAUGUUCAAAGCAAGUUGACAUUGAAUUUUUCGAAUACUAUACUUGUUCCUGUUUAACCUAUUGUUGUUUUCUUAUGAAAAAUUGAUGUCGUAGAUAGAACAUUCGAUAUAAACCUGAUUCCAAGAAAAUUGAGGAUUAUUUUAUGUAAAGACACUCGUAAAUUUUUGGAAUUUAUAAUUUACAAAAUGCUGACAACGACACGUAGUGUAUAAAAUAAUGUAGUGACCUAUAUUAUCUAUCAUCCUGUAACUCUAAAAAUGGCGUAUUUAAUAUAGAAAAUUCUGAAGAACAAUUUCGUCUAAUGGCAGUUGAGUUUUUGUAAUUUUUUUAAUUGUUAUUUGAAGAGUGUUAUUUGUUCUUCUUAAGGCAGAUGAUGAAUUUUGUAUAUUAAACUUCGUUGAACCAUGUGAGUAUGGUAUGAAGAAGGGUUCAGGAAUACCGAUUGAGGAAACCUUGUCUAAAACUCGAACACAGAGGCAAAUAAAUUUUUGAGUAAGCUUUCGCUUCAGUGUAACGAAAGAGCUAGUGAUAAAACUUGAGAACCAUAACAGAAAUGAUGGAUGUUGUAUUGUUAUCCAAAUAAAUGAUAAAGCAGUCGGUGAAAUAGAUAUUGUUGAUUUUUUGUUCAUUUUACUGGAAUUUCACCACAUGAAAACCGAUCUCAACCGAUUUAUAAACAAACUUAGAAACACUCUCAAGUGAUUUCUCUAGAGACAAACUCAUACAGGGUGAACUCUUCGUAAAGAUCGGUUUUGUAUGGUGGUGAAUUCCAAAGAUUAUGUAAGUAGUAUUUAUACACCUUAUCAACUUGUAAGUUUCAUGACAAGCAAUGGAACGAACAUUUGUAGUUGCCUCAUUACUUUUAGAUAGUAAAGGCUGUUCACGUUGUUAUAUGAUAAUGAUAAUAAAUAAUAAUGAUGGAAUUUUAGUCGACCGACUUACUUGUUGUUAGUUGUAAAGAAACACCUGCAACGUUGUGAAAAAAGGACUAAAUAAAAUAUUACCGUUUACAACAUA